UCAAUUCAAACAUGCCCUCAUCACUUUUUUCCAUGUAGCUUCUGUACCUUGUUCAUCCAUGGACACUCUCAACAUUUCAACCUCCACCAACUUUCCAAUCCCAACCUUCUGCCACCCCAAACUUCUCAACCGAAAAUUCCCAUCAACACAUAACAAACCCAAAACCCCAUUUCACAGAAACCCUUUUUCACUCUAUCUAUCAAGUUCCACCGCCAGAAAGUUUCAAACUUGGGCGCAUUUUGGUCGACCCACUAACCGCCGCAACUUCCUGAGGAAGAAGCUCCUCCAUGAUCACCAGGUACGCCCUAAGGAUGACCCUUCUUCUGUUUCCGGUUGUGGGGUGGAAGAGAGUGGUGAUGGUGUUAAAGGGGUAUCUGUUGUGGACAAUUUAGUUGAACUGGAAAAACCAAAAUCCAAACAUUUGGGUGAGUCUGUUUUGUGGAAUAAAUUGGAGAAUUGGGUCGAUCAGUAUAAGAAAGAUAUUGAGUAUUGGGGUGUUGGGUCUGGUCCUAUAUUCACUGUCUAUCAUGAUUCCCUUGGAGGUGUCAAAAGGGUCUCAGUUGAUGAAGAAGAGAUAUUGAGAAGAAGCAGGGUUGGGAGAGAUGUAAUUGAGGACUUCCCUCACGUGAGAAGUAAAAUUCUGGAUGCUAAGAACAUGGCUAGGGAGAUGGAGAAUGGGAAUAAUGUGAUUGCAAGGAAUAGUUCUGUGGCUAGGUUUGUGGUUCGAGGUGAGUUGGAGGGUGGUUUUGUUAAGGCUGUCCAAGGUUUUGUUUCUCAGCCCAGAUUGCUACCAAAGCUUUCGGGGGUUGGCAGAAAAGUGUUGUAUUGCUUGGUUGUUCUGUGGGCUGUGAAGAAAUUGUUUGCUUUUGGAGAUAAGGAGGUCCAGUAUUCAGAAAUGGAGAAGGAAAUGAUGAGGAGAAAGGUAAAGGCGAGAAAGGAGAAAGAGAUUUUGGUGAAGGGUGCUGUUGAAGUCAUUCCUGAACCUUCGGAGACACCAGUGGUAGAUGUAAAAAAGCCUAAGUUAGAUAAGGAACAACUUAGGAAUAAUAUUCUGAAAGUUAAGGCUUCUGCUGAUAAACUUGUUAUCAAGGAUUCAUCCGCUAAAGUGACAACAAGAUCCAUGGAUAUGGACUAUAAAGUUCAAGAAAUAAGAGAAAUGGCUAGGCGGGCACGGAAAAUUGAGGGGAGAGAUCAUUCCCCAAUUAAUAGGGAUAUGGAAAUGGAGGACCGUGUGAUUGAGAAUUCAUCCAAUGAGGAUGAAGUGGUAAAAAAGGGUAGCGAACAAGAUAACAGUUUAAGUAAUCAUCCAAACGAAGUUGCAAGGAAAAGUAUAGAUAGUAAUCCAAUUCUGCAACCAACUUCUGUUGAUGUUGCAGAGAACAUUGAUAAUUCAGUACUGUAUGAGGUGCUUCCUGCAGAUGCACACAAUUCGUAUGCUUCAGAUGUCAUAGUUCCUGGUGAUAUGGAAAUAAAUAAAGAGGAAACCGAAUUUACUGAAAACAAAGUGCAUCUGAAGAACAGAGAAAACUACAAACCCUCAGAUAUUCCCAUUAGUGGCUCAUCUAUGAUAAAUGAAAGUUCUGUGAAGAAGAAACCAAGGAUCAUACGAUCUGUUAAGGAAGCUAGGGAUUAUCUUUUGAAAAAACAAGACAAACAGGAUCUCGACACAGAAUCCAAAACUGAACUCAUGAAAGAAAAUAUUGCUGAUUUGAAGUCUUCAAGUGUUAUUGAUUUGAAUAACCAGAAGUACCAGAAUUUGGAGGUGGACAAAAUAGUGUCUAGAAGUGACACAUUAAAUGGAAUAUCAGAUUCUAAGCCUGUCAUAAAUGCUAGUGAAGAUUCUAAUGAGAAGGACGAGGAACUUAGCCCAACAAAGAAUGACUAUGUCAAAGAUUCUGGUAUUGAACCUGGAUUGGAAGACCUUCAAAAGUCCCUCUCAACGAAAUUAGACUGUGAAGUUAAUGCCAAUGGUACAGAGACAAGGCUAUCUGUAAAGCCAGAAAAUUUGCUGGAGAAAAACCUCCACGAAGUUGAGCCCAUAGUUGAGCAAAUUAGAAGUGAUACUCUAAAUGAGUCAUCAGAUUCUAAGCCUGCCACAAAUCCUAGUGAAGAUUCUAAUCAGAAGGAUAUGGAGUUUGGCCUAACAAAGGAUGAUGUCUUCGAAGACACUGGUGUUGAAUCUAGCAUAGGAAAUCUUCAAAAGUAUGACGCCACUUUAGACCAUGAAGUUAAUGGCAUUGGUAAAGAGACAAGGCUAUCUCGAAAUCCCGAAAGUUGGCUGGACAAAACCUUCCAUGAAGUUGAGCCCAUAAUUGAGCAAACUAGAAGUGAUACAUUAAAUGAAUCAUCAGAUUCUAAGCCUGCCACAAAUCCUAGUGAAGAUUCUAAUAAGAAGGAUAUGGAGUUUGGCCUAACAAAGGAUGAUGUCUUCAAAGACACUGGUGUUGAAUCUAGCAUAGGAAAUCUUCAAAAGUCUGACACCACUUUAGACCAUGAAGUUAAUGGCAUUGGUAAAGAGACAAUGCUAUCUGGAAAGACAGAAAAUUGGUUGGACAAAAACUUCCAUGAAGUUGAGCCUCUAAUUAAGCAAAUUAGAGCAGGAUUUAGAAAUAACUACAUGGCUGCAAAAGAGAGAGUUGAUCAACCUUUAGAUAUACCCACUGAGAUGGAAUCCUUCGGAGGUAUUGAAGAUGGUGGAGAACUUGACUGGAUGCACGAUGAUCAUCUCAGAGACAUUGUCUUUCGAGUCCGCGAGAAUGAAUUGUCUGGACGGGACCCAUUUUAUUUGAUGAAUGCUGGAGAUAAAGAAACAUUCUUCAGAGGUCUUGAGAAAAAGGUGGAAAAAGAAAAUACAAAACUUUCUCACAUACACGAAUGGCUCCAUUCAAAUAUUGAAAAUAUUGAUUACGGAGCAGAUGGCAUUAGUAUAUAUGAUCCACCAGAGAAAAUCAUACCACGCUGGAAAGGGCCUCCUGUGGAGAAAAUUCCUGAGUCUCUAAAUGAAUUCCUUGAUCAAAGAAAGACAAGUUCCACCAGAAAUAUGAACCUGGUGAAGAAGGAUGAGAGUGGCUUUGCUAAAAAAUCAGCUGAUUCCUCUUUACAAGGAAAGGUCGAUAGUUCUAUAGAACGUACUAAGAAGGUGAAAAAUCCAAAGACUGUUAUUGAAGGAAGUGAUGGUUCUGUUAAAGUUGGCAAGAAAUCAGGGAAGGAAUAUUGGCAGCACACAAAGAAAUGGUCUCAAGGUUUUUUGGAGUCUUACAAUGCAGAGACAGAUCCAGAAAUUAAGUCCAUAAUGAAGGAUAUGGGGAAGGGUUUGGAUCGGUGGAUCACUGACAAAGAAAUAGAGGAAGCAGCUGAUCUAAUGAACAAACUACCAGAUAGGAAUAGGAAUUUCAUGGAAAAGAAACUUAACAAGAUUAAAAGAGAGAUGGAGUUGUUUGGACAGCAAGCAGUGGUUAGCAAAUAUCGUGAAUAUGCAGACGAUGAAGAGGAAGAUUACUUGUGGUGGUUGGAUCUUACACACGUACUGUGCAUUGAAUUGUACACAGUUGAAAAUGGAGAAGAUAAAGUAGGAUUAUAUUCUUUGGAGAUGGCCGAAGAUCUUGAAUUGGAACCUAAGCCAUAUCAUGUGAUCGCUUUCCAAGAUGCUGGUGACUGCAAAAAUCUUUGUUACAUCAUUCAGGCUCAUCUAGAAAUGCUUGGAAGUGGUCAUGCCUUUGUUGUUGCACGGCCUCCUAAGGAUGCUUUUCGAGAAGCUAAAGCAAAUGGAUUUGGUGUUACGGUCAUCAAGAAAGGUGAACUUCAGCUCAAUAUAGACCAACCACUAGAAGAAGUGGAGGAACAAAUUGCAGAGAUUGGCAGCAAAAUGUACCACGAUAUGAUGAUGAAGGAGCGAUCCGUGGAUGUAAACUCAUUAAUGAAGGGUGUAUUUGGUUUUAGUGACCGCUCCAUCAAGAAGAGGUUAAAGCGGAAGUUGAAGAAACCCAAAAAGGGAUGAUGGUUCUCAAACUUUCAACAAUAUGACACAGUUGAAGACAGUGAAACUUCUCUACCCCAAACAUUGAAUACGAAGGCUUACAUAUUUUGUAUGAAGCAAGCGACUUGUUUCUAGAACAUAUAUUUCUUACCAGAUUUUACUGUACUCACGAGGAGAUGGAGACAGCAUGUCAUCAUAAGUCUGCGCAGUUGAAGAAAAUGAUGUCAUGCAUGCAUGGUGAGCACGUGGUGUCAUCCUUUAAACUUUUGUACUUUGUUUUUUCCUACAAAUCACAAUUUCUUUGUAUAUAACUGAGAAAGAAGUAGUUAUGAACUUAUUAUAUUAGAGCUCCACCUGUAGAAAAAGUAAGAAGUGGGGCUUUUAAUUUUUUUAUUAUUAAUCUGUAGGAUUUUGCUCCUUUGCUCCAUUUCACUAAAAUGCUGUUUCUAUUGAUAUGUAAAGAGAAACCUUUU